AUGAUUUAAUUCCUGCUAAGUGUUUAGUUAAAAUGCAGCAACACCUUCACCCAUCGCGCCUUACAACACGACUACAAGGAUUGCCUCAAAUUCUUGGAUGGCCUAAAAACUUUGAGAUGUUCAAGGCUGUUCACGCUGCGAUGAUAGACAGUAAAUAAUAAAGCAACUAAGCAUAUCUCAAUAUGUCCCCAAAGCACUGGAACAAAUUUCAACUUGUAUCACCUCAGAGAUGGUAAGUCACUCUACCUUACUAUCUAAAAGUGAAACCAAAUCCUGGAUGCGGAUGAUUGUAACAUCCAUCAAAUUUGGUGUCUCGUGUCAGGAUUUCUAUUCUUGGCUGUCUUCAUUUUCAGACGGCUGGUGCCAUUGCUUGAAAACGCACUGUAAAACCCUGUCGUGAGCUAUUCUCAGGAAGAGAGUAACAAGCAUCACUUGGUGUAUGAGUGUACAAGCCCAGACGGGGCACAUAUGAUAAUUUCAGCAACAUGUUCCAACGUUAUUUCGAUGGUUGGACGUCAUUCAUACUUGGGAGGACAUGAAUCGCUGUAUGAACUUCUGGUAAACCUACCGUGGUUGCCACGUGUCUCUGUACUUUAGCUCAUUUGUAUAGGGAACAAAUUAAAUACAAGGAAGUGGGACUAGGCAAUUCCUAUUUUCUCCAAGAAACCAUGUCCCACACACAGAUCAAUUCUUAGGUUUUCAUAGACGUGUAUGUUUUUGCAAUGUAGGUUGGGUUGUACAGAGGUGGGAGUUUGCCCUCGUGACGAGCUCCAUGUGUUGGCUGUAUUGUUGAAGCCCAGAGUGGAAUGUGUGCUAAGUCUCUUGGCCAGAGACCAGCGGCUUUAUUGUGACCUUAAAGCACACCUCUGUAAAUGGAUCCAACCUUAUUUUAAGAGGAAAUGAUCUCCAAAUGUUAACGAUGACUUUGAAGAUGUGAUUAAUGAUGCUUCAGCAAGGUGUGUUAAAAAAAAAAAAAAAAAAACAUUGAUGAUCCUUGAUUCCAAUAUCAAAAGUCUGAUACUGACUGUCUUACAAGUCAAGCAGUUAUUUGGAAGCCGUAAACCUGCACUACCUACUUUUAAUAAAUUUUAAUAAAUAGUGAGCCCCAAAAAGUCAAACCUACAACCAGACCGAAUUUAAUUUGACUCAGCAGUAUUAACUAUGCAAUAAUGAGUGUGUAGUCAUUAGCAUUUGGCUGAGAUUCAAUAUUAAUAUUGCCUGCGAGAUGGUGGAUAGCUCCUGAACUAUUUAAGCCGCAGACCAACCAAAGACACCCAAAUCAAAACAAAGAUUGCAACAUAAAAACACUAAAAUAGUAAGUAACAUCCAUGUUACAAGGAUGGUCCGUGUGUAUUCAAUGUCAUUGCAGCUGUCAGGGCGACUCCAUCAUUAGUAAUAUGACCACAAGCUGCAUUCGAGUCUAGAUAUAAGCGGAAGUUGGUGUGAAGUAGGGCCUUGGAGUGCCCCAUCACAACAGGCUAGGUGUUCUCCGAAAGGACCCAUCCACCCUCCAACCCCCUUUCAGUGGAAAUGGACACUGCUGGUGUAUUUAUAGCCUCAGCACACAAGUGAGCUGCCUGUCUUUCAUAAGAAGGAACUAGUCAUAGCAGUCCAAGCUGGCGAAUGUUCUAGACUGACGUGUUCUCAUUCCGAAUCCUGCUCCGAAGGUCUCUCAGGAGUAUAAAAAUUAACUUUUGAGAUAAUUUUGGAUUAGUUGUAGACCGUAUUGACAGAUGUAAACGUCUUCCAGAGCGCAACCACUUGAGACGAGAUGGAGAACCCCAUCCUGCAGACGCAACCGUCCACCCUGCCGUUUUUUGACACGGCCCACGCCUUCAACCUGCUUCGAGGAAUCCAUGAGCUGCGUGCGGAGCGAAAGUUUUUUGAUGUGACUUUAUGCGCAGAGGGCCGCGAGUUCCCCUGCCACCGCACGGUGUUGGCCGCCGCCAGCACUUACUUCCGGGCUAUGUUCACCGGUACGCUACGGGAGAGCAUCAUGGACCGGGUGGUUCUACAUGAGGUUUCGGCCGAACUUCUGGGACUGCUGGUGGACUUUUGCUACACAGGACGAGUUACUGUCACGCAGGACAAUGUGGAUCUUCUGCUGAAAACGGCAGAUCUGUUUCAGUUCCCGUCUGUCAAAGAGGCCUGCUGCGCUUUCCUAGAACAGCGUCUGGAUGUUUCCAACUGCUUGGAAAUCCAGGACUUUGCAGAGGCCUAUGCUUGCCGAGAGCUGGCGGCCAGCGCACGCCGCUUUGUCCUCAAAAAUUUAAUGGAUCUUGCGAAAGGGAAAGACUUUGAACGCUUACCUUGGAAGCGUCUUCUUGAGUUUGUGUCUGAUGAUGAGCUGUGCGUAGACAAAGAGGAGACUGUGUAUCAGAUCGCAGUGCGCUGGGUAAAGGCCGACCUUCAGCGGAGACUUCACUAUUGGCCCGAGCUCCUCCAGCAGGUACGACUCCCUUUUGUCAGGAGAUUCUUCCUUUUGGCCCAUGUGGAGAGCGACCCCCUCGUAUACCUUUCGCCCACCUGCCUCCGUAUGGUGAACGAGGCCCGUAGCUUCCAGUCCAGCGAGUAUGACCGCCACGACAGACCCUGCCGCCGCAUGCGUCCACGGCCAUCCACUGGACUGGCUGAGAUCCUGGUGGUGGUGGGAGGUUGCGACCAGGACUGUGACGAGCUAGUCACAGUGGACUGCUUCAACCCGCAGACGGGCCAAUGGCGAUACCUGGCGGAGUUCCCGGACCACCUCGGUGGGGGCUACAGCAUAGCUGCCCUCGGGAAUGAUAUGUAUGUCACAGGUGGCUCUGACGGCUCCCGCCUCUAUGACGGCGUGUGGCGCUAUAAGUCCAGCGUCAACGAAUGGACGGAGGUGUCGCCCAUGCUGAAAGCGCGCGAGUACCACAGCUCGUGCGUGCUGAAAGGUCAGCUGUACGUGGUGGCGUCAGACAGCACCGAGCGUUACGACCACACGCUGGACUGCUGGGAGGCCUUGCCACCCAUGCUGCACUCUAUGGACAACUGCUCCACCACCACAUGCAACGGACGCCUGUACGCUAUCGGCUGUCUCGCCGGGGAAGACACCAUGGCCGUCCAGAGCUACGAGCCAGACAGCAAACGGUGGUCCAUGGUCAACUGCGGACAGCUGCCGCCGUGGUCUUUCACCCCUAAAACGGUGACCCUCAACGGCCUCAUCUUCUUUGUGAGGGAUGACUCGGCAGAGGUCGACGUUUACAACCCCCCGAAGAACGAGUGGGAUAAGAUUUGUCCAAUGAACCAGGUCCAUGUCGGAGGCAGCGUGGCGGCACUAGGCGGCAGGCUUUUUGUAUCCGGCGGUUACGACAACACGUUUGAGCUGUCGGACGUAGUGGAAGCGUAUGACCCGGACACUCGCACAUGGAGUGUCGCGGGCCGGCUGCCUCAACCCACCUUCUGGCACGGCAGCGUCAGCAUAUUCCGACAGUUCAUGCCUCUGGUGUCGAACGCCUUUGAGCCGGCCAGCGCGCCGGACGCCAACGCCAUCCAACUGCACCGGCAUCAGCGUCACCAAGCCAUACACAACCUGAAUAACAAUGUCAACCAGGACGUGAAUGCGGCCCACUGACUUUCCAGUGACCCAUCCCCACGCUGUCUGCUUACCCUGACUUUACCUCAUCACAAUGCUGCAACAUGAAUGUCAACUGACGUUUGGUGACUGAAGGAUUUGAAAGGAGAUCUGAGCCUCAGGCCUGAAAUUGUUACCAUCUAUGUACAAGCAUGAGAAAAACAUCACCUGCAUGCUGUUCUAGUUAUUUGUGAAGAGACCACCUAGAGCUAGGGCUAAACGAUUCCUGUGAUUAUGUCAUGAAAUGAUUCAAGAAAUCUAAAUUGGAUGGUCACUCGAACAGAUUGUGAACACUGUUGGUUGGUGUUCUCACUAACAUUGUGGCGGAAUUGGUGUAAAAGUGGUGACGAUUGGCCGACUAAAUGAGGGUUUUGCGCUCUUGGUAGUUUGAGAGCACUGCAACACAAAUUGAAGUUUGAAGUGAUGUAAUUGGAAGUGUUUGUGGAAGAGGCAAACAAACAUUACCGAAUGACAGAAAAGCAACAUUAUCUAUCACUCGUAUAAUUCUGAGGAAGCCAGCAAGCACAUUAAACCAGGUUUAAUUUUUGUUUUCUUGAAUAUGGGGCAUGUGACUGCACAUCACAUUUAAAACAGCACACACAACACAAAAAAAACUUUGCCUCACGUUUAGUCCGUGAGCUCUGUCCCCCCCCCCACCCCCCCAACACACACACGCAUUCCAAAACAUGUUAGGUUGACAAAAGACUCUUAAGUAGCCUAUUGGUUUAACAAAUACAUUUGGGUCACAUCACCUUUUUGUUUUACAUGCAUGUACAUGAAAUUUAAAUCUUCAUGGAGCAGCGGCACCCAAAGAAUAGUUUUUAAAAAAUGAAUUACACUGGGCAACAUACAAUUUUAAACAUAUUGCUUUUUGUCCCUAUACAUUUUUGGUGCUGAUUUCUAGCUCAUCAGGUUUUUAAGAUUUUCAUUUUUGGGGGUUUGACCUGCUGCGGUCCAUGGAUGAACCUGCCAAUCUACUGUUUUG